AUGAAUUAUGCACCCAACCAGAAGAUCUACAAGCAGCUGCCCAACGCUAUUAUGAAAUCUUAUAUACGCCCGCUCCGACUCUCCAACACCACUCAUGACUCUCUCUGCGCUCCCUUCACUCCCGAGGACCUCAGGGAUGGCGCUUUCCGCUCUCCCAACAAAAGUAGUCCAGGUAAACCGCAUCCACACUGGAUUUCUUUCCUCCAAGAUCAGGGUAUCACCUCAUGGCACGACCGCACCGCUACCGAACCACUCACCUAUCUAGGCUUCGCCAUAUGCUCAAGUGCCAAUCAACGCGCAACCUAUGCCCUCUCCAUCAUCUCCAAGAUUCGCGCCUAUUGCCAGCUUCACUUCACCCGCGCACUAGCAUACCGAGGUAGGGUCACCGUCAUCAAUGCGCUCUUAUCUUCGAAACUUUGGCACGUUAUGCGCCUCUUUACAUUUUCAUCCCCUGAACUCAAACAGCUCCAGCAACUCGCCGCCACCUUCAUCAACCGCGGAUCCAAAAUCUCUCGCCUCGCUUUUGACAACCUCACCCAACUCAUCCACCAAGGUGGCUUGAAACUCCUCGAUCCAGCCACUCAAGCUAAUGCCUUACAAUGGCGUUGA